AUUCGUGUACCAUAGGCUCUAUAGAUAUAUAUAGCCCGCAUUCCCAGUGUUAAGAUAUAUAGAAGUGUCCGCAUAAACAACUUGAAUAUGAGGUUUCUAUGGAUGCUGUUGUUGUUCUUGGUGGAAUCAAACGCAAGUGAAUUGGAAAGAGAGGAUUUCUCGUUUCUUACAAGAACAAGACGCAAACAGGUUCCCGCCCAAUGUGGGGUGACGUCAUUCGAUGAAAAAAACUGCACCUGUCCAAGUUGGGCUUAUGAGUGCGGGUGUAGGGGGGAGGGUAGGGGUUGCGAUGUUGGAAACACCACAUGCGUGCCACACCACCAACUAUGCGAUGGUGUCAAGCAAUGUCCAUACGGAAGUGACGAAGUCGGUUGUUCUUGCGCAACUACUCAAGUUAGAUGUGGCUGCGUGUUUGGUAAGAGCGGAUGUCGCAAUGAUACAAUUUGCAUCGAUAAGAUCGGUUUAAUCAGCGGAGUGUCGAAGUGUAGCGAUGGAAGCGACAACCCGUGCGAGAUUGGCUUCCAACGAAUGCAUGUUCACUGCCAGUUGAAGUAUUUUCAAUGCGAGGAUGAAAUUAUGACGCACAGGAUCUUGAUGUAUAGGAGUAGUAGAGAUAUUGGGAAAUGUUGGCCGAUUCAAACUCAUCAAAGCAGCAACAAGACGGUAGAGAAAUGGCGGUGUAUCAAGGACAUGAGUCUUUCACACGGUCGGGAGGUUUGCCAUUCGAUUAUUAAUAAGACAGAGUCCUUGAUUUCAUGCGCCUUCAACAACAGGCUUUACAUGGGUUCCUAUUUAUGCAGUCCCUUCGCAAACCAGUGUGUGUUUGGUAAAUACAUUGUGCCUAAGAAAAGUUACAAGUACGGCUUUAAGUGCACGGCAAGAUCCUCGUACGCCUGCGGGGGAGGGGCUAUCUAUAUCCCGCAGUCAAACCUAGAAGACUCCGAUGUCAACUGCGCAGAUAAGUCGGAUCUUUGUUUCGUAGAUGGAAAGAUGAAAUGUUUCAGAUGUUUAGACGGCCAGCUGCUAAUCUCGCCAAAGCAAAUUUGCGACGGGAUUUUCGACUGCUUUGAUUUAUCGGACGAAUGUUUGUGUGGCGACCAGCAGGCUUGCAGCAGCGUCAUGGCCAGUAAAAGAAACUGCACGGAAGGUCAGGUUUUUACCAAUAACAGCGGCUGCGUAAAUCCCCAAGUAAUCUUUGAAAAAAACAGCAACUUUUCACUAAGCAUCGAAGCUAGUCGUCGUUUCGUGAAAAUGAGAAUUUAUGAAGAAGUAGAGGAAUAUAAAUGUCAUAAGUUUAAUGCGAUGAGCGGAACGAAAUGUGACGGCUACUUGGACUGCCCGUACGGGGAUGACGAAUGCGGUUGCGAGAGUGAGCUUGGUUCAUGCAAACACGUAAAGAAAUGUUUCUUCGGGAAUUAUAAGUACAGAGUAUGUGACGGCGUGGUGUCCGCUAUAGUUCAUUAUAAAUCACAGAUCGAAAAACUUCGCCGGGCACAACGGGGAGGGGAUACGAGGUUCGACAACUUUAUUGGGCUUUGUACCGAAGGUUUCGACGAAGCUAACUGCACGAACCGCCAUCUUUGUAUCGAAGGAGCUUCUAUCAGUAUAUCGUCAUCGCGUGUGUGCGAUGGUGUUGUUGAUUGUGACGAUGGUUCUGAUGAAAUAGAAUCGCUAUGUCGCGGUUCGAGGUUUUAUUGUUUAAACAAGGACCCAAUAUCGGUACCGAGAACGACGGUUGAAGAUGGGAUCAAAGACUGUUCAGAUGGAAGCGACGAAUGUCCUGUUAACACGACGAAAUCCACAAUAUUUUCCUCUCAGUUUGAAAUGAUCGCCAACCCGAUACUCAGCGCUAUAUUUUGGGGCAUGGGAGUUGUGUCUAUAUUUGGCAACUGUCUCGUUAUAGUGACAACUAUCAAGCGUCAGGUUAAAGCGAAAACUCCAAGUUCAACAGCCCGAAUAAACGCCUGGUUUAUUACAAACCUCGCUAUGUCAGAUUUACUGAUGGGCGUUUACCUUCUCAGUAUUUCAAUACAGGGCGCCAUUUUCUCUGGAAGAUAUUGCUACCAUGACAUGGAAUGGAGAAGCGGGACAUUGUGUAGCUUGAUGGGAGCGACUGCGGUUCUUGCAACCGAAGCAUCAGUGUUUAUGAUGACGAUAAUGACAACACAUCGACUCGUGAGCGUCAUGCGACCUUUCGCAUUGAGGAAUGUUGAACUGCAACCAUUCGCAAUUAUAACUACAUAUAGGUUGGGCGUUGGCUUGUGUUCUUGCUUUCACGCCAUUGAUAAAGUUGCCUUCCGGAUAUUUCGUUCUUUCUGUAUGGUAUCGGAACCGGUUCUACAAAACGGAUGAAGUAUCGAAAGAUUUGAUCUUUAAAUUAGUCGACCGUGUGGGCAACAACACUGCGAAUAAUUGGUUGUCGGCUGUUGAAAAAUUGCGAGCAACAUUUGAGCUUUAUGAAGUGAAGGGAGAGAUCGGUUAUUACGGGGAGACAAGC